UGUAUAAGAUUUACUCAUAUCACUUAUAAUUUACUCAUAAACUCAUAAUGCACACCACAAUAACACCUCCUCUCCCCUAUGUGCAACAUGUGGUAGACAAGAGUAACCAAAAUUACGUCCACAGACAAGCAAUGGAAUUCUGUCGCAAGUUGCGCGCUCGUAUGGAGACAAGCAAGUUGCCCGAGGAUCUGGACGAUGGUCUGGAAAGGCUAGAGGAUUACAUACAGCGUUGGCGCUCCGUUCGCAUUAUCUACUUUACAAUGUUUCUAAUGGCGCUCGGAUUUAGCAUUAUUCUCACCGGAAUUUGGCCAUUCCUAAGCGAGCUAGAUCCCAAUGCGGGCAAGGAGUUUAUGGGUCUAAUUGUGGCGGCCAAUCCAUUGGGUCAAAUGAUAUUUAGUCCCAUCUUUGGCUGGUGGGGCAACAAGCUGGGCACAAUCCGCCUGCCUCUUCUGAUCUCCCUGGGGCUCUUCACCAUUGCCAGCGGGCUGUAUUCGUCGCUAGAGUUGUGCCAGGAGAAUGUUAAAUACUGGAUGUUGGCUUCACGAUUCCUUAUCGGUGUCAGUUCGGCAAAUAUUGCCUUGUGCCGAUCUUACUUGUCGGCUGCAACGCGUCUCAGCGAACGUACCCAUGCCGUCUCCAUGGUAUCUCUUGCCCAGGUGCUGGGCUUCAUCAUUGGCCCUGGACUUCAGGCUCUCGUCACUCCGUUAGGCCGCGAGGGAUAUGUGUGGUUCUGGGGAGGCAUGCAUAUUAACAUGUACACUGCCUCCGGCUGGAUAAAUGUCAUCAUGAGCAUGGGCAACUUUGUCAUGUUUCUGCCAUUCGUGUUUCAAGAGCACAAAAUUGCCGCUCGAGAGAUAAUGGUGAUGCAAGGUGGCACUUCAGAGCGGGACACUUGGAAGGCCAUCAAACCGAACUACUUUUCCGCCUGGACCCUGAUUGUGGCCUUCUUUGUGCUGGUCUUUAAUUUUGUGCUGCUGGAAACGCUGGGUACAUCACUGACCAUGGAUAUGUUUGCCUGGACCAAUGAAGAAGCACUCUACUAUAUGGGAAUAUUUAUGGCAAUCGCUGCAAUAAUAUCUCUGUUGACUUUUGUGCUUAUUGAACCUAUGUGCAAGCUUUUCGCUGAGAGAUUCGUGCUCAUCUGGGGUGGCUUCUCCUUAAUGGUGAUUGGUCGUCUACUCUAUAUACCCUGGGGACCGGAUCCGCCCAAGCUGGCAAUGGCUUAUAACGCUAGUGCCAAUCUCAGCAGCAAUGAUCCCAUCUAUUUGGGUUGUCCAGCAACGCAGGAUUGGUGCCCCAAACUUCCAGCUCUGACAUUAACGCAGUUCAUUAUCGGAUUUGCACUGACAUCUGUGGGUUAUCCCAUUGGCGUUACACUAAUACAGACAAUAUUCUCCAAAGUGUUGGGUCCUCGUCCCCAAGGCGUUUGGAUGGGUCUGAUGACUGGCGCAGGAUGCUUGUCGCGUGUUAUGGGUCCUGUUUUCGUUGGUUCCAUCUAUACACGACUUGGCACCUAUUGGACCUUUGGUUUCACAUCGGUUAUGAUGAUAAUAUCUAUGAUUUGGCUGCUAUUCUCCAAUAAAUUGCUCAUACCACCAACAUUCGACAAGAUGGCAAAAGUUGUGGAGCUACAAGAGCUGCACAAUACAAAAGAUCUAUCUAGUUCAAACUCGCCUAUUGACGAUGUUGAGGAUGAGCUACUUGCGACAUCCAAGGUCGUACGCAUUGUUCCCAGUUCGCAGGCGUAGCAGUAGGGGAGAACUCAAUAUAUUUUUGUACUGCCUUUAAGUUAAAUAUUCUAUAUGAAUUUCUAGAAAAUAACUUUAAUAUUUUGCGUUUUGAAUUAGAUUUAUGUGUGCAUAUAUUUAUAUCAAGGCUGAGAAAACCUUUAAAAUCGAUAUGAAAAAGAUUUCAGUUGGAUUCGCGUAUCAGUUUUAAGCAAGGAUGCGAACUUCCAAUAUACAUACAGCAAUAAAGAGCUUAUAAAAUGAU